CGGGCUGAAAGUGACUGCAAUGAACAGUCCAGACUGCGGAGUUUCGGAUACCUCAGCCAGGGCACAACUAGAAUAAAACAACUGCAAAAAAAACCACAACAAACCACAACAAAACACGGGGAGUCAGCCAGCCAGCCUCACCUCCAGCUCACCGAGUGGCGAGCUCUUCGCUCUCAAUCCCUCUUCAAAACCUACUUAGCAUCUCAACGCCGAACCGCCUGGGAUUUGGAGAGAUCGGUCGGAUUAUUGGAAGGACGUGAACCGAAUGUUUAACCCUUAACUGAGGCAGAAAACAAAACGCCUGGCAGCCAACACAUCUCGUGAAGUUUCACAGCUUCGCCCAACUUAGGUGCCAACCCGGUGUAAGUGGAGAGGGAUGGAGACUGCGGCAAGCAGAACAGCGGGCAUUUCACACUGGGGAAAUUAACAGGGCUUCGACGUUGACCUUGAGGUCCAGGGAAGAGUCAGUGCUGGUCCUCAGGAAACACUGCCGUCUUAAAAAAACACAACAACAUUGAUUUCCUUCAAUAGACCAACAAUGUGCACCGAGAUUUUCCAAUACCGAGCUCUGUUUGAGUACAAGAAGGAGAGAGAGAACGACAUCAACCUCUUGCCGGGUGACAUGCUCACCGUUAACAAGUCGGUGCUGCUGACCACCAACUAUCAGGAGGGGGAUGAGAAAACUCCCAAAGGAUGGCUAAACGGAGUGAACGAAAGAAACAAAGACAAAGGGGAUUUCCCUGGAACAUAUGUUGAGUUUGUUGGUCCGAUCCGAUUUGUGCCUCCAACUCCCAAGCCAAGACCAAGACCUGUUCCCCCGACUCCAGAUGGCUUGGCAGCGUCCAGUCCGGCUCCACUCUCUGUUCCCUCGGGGCAAGAGCUAACUGAGCUGUUAACUUUGCCGGAUCAAGCAUCGCAGAUUGUGACAAAGCUGAUUGAGGCCUUGGAGAAGCAAGGUGCAGAAAAUGAAAGCCUUUAUAGGCCUCCCUCUGGCUCACCCAGUGGCUUGGAGAUCAAGGAAGCUCUCGAAAUUGAUAUGGCAGCUGUUGAUAUCGAUCAAUAUGACAUCCACACCAUUGCUGAUGCACUGAAGCAUUACUUACGAGGGCUGCCUUCACCUGUGAUUCCUCCAGCUAUUUACAAUGAGCUGGUCUACACUGCCCAAGAAACCCAGAACCUUGAUGAGUGCGUUAAUCAAAUCAGAAGGAUUGUGGAAUCUCCCAGCAUGCCUCUGCCACACUGCCUUAUUCUGCAGAGCCUGGUGAAGCACUUCUGUAAGGUGUGUCAAUAUGAAGGCACAAAUCAUCUCACACCACGGCUCCUGGGCGAGAUCUUCAGUGAUGUCUUAUUCAGUCAUUCACUAUUAAGUGCUGAUGUGAAUCCAGAGCACCACAUUAAGAUCGUUGAGGCACUUAUCAUGACUGGAGGUUUGGCUGAAGUGCAAGUAGCACCAGCUCUUCCUCCAAAGCCACCUAAACCCAUGAUGUCAUUAUCUGCCAAUGGAAUCAAAGAUAGUGGAAGCAUAUCUCUACAAGAUGCUGAAUGGUACUGGGGAGACAUAUCUAGGGAAGAAGUGAAUGACAAGUUGCGUGACAUGCCAGAUGGUACAUUCCUAGUGCGGGAUGCUUCUACCAAGAUGCAGGGAGAUUAUACUUUGACCCUCAGGAAAGGAGGCAAUAACAAGCUAAUUAAAAUAUACCAUCGAGAUGGAAAAUAUGGUUUCUCUGACCCACUCACUUUUAACUCUGUUGUGGAACUUAUUAACCAUUACAGACAUGAGUCCCUUGCCCAGUACAACCCAAAGCUAGAUGUUAAGUUAAUGUAUCCAAUAUCUAAGUUCCAGCAGGAUCAGGUGGUGAAAGAAGAUAAUAUUGAUGCUGUUGGUAAAAAACUGCAGGAAUACCAUAACCAAUAUCAGGAUAAGAGUAAAGAAUAUGACCGGCUUUAUGAAGAAUACACAAGGACGUCACAGGAAAUACAAAUGAAGAGAACUGCAAUUGAAGCCUUUAAUGAAACAAUACAAAUAUUUGAAGAACAGUGUCACACUCAAGAGCGCUACAGUAAAGAAUAUAUUGAAAGAUUUCGCAGGGAAGGCAAUGAGAAGGAAAUUGAACGGAUAAUGAUGAAUUAUGAAAAACUCAAAUCUCGUCUUGGGGAGAUCCAUGACAGCAAGAUGCGCUUGGAACAGGAUCUGAAGAAACAAGCGUCUGAUAACAGAGAGAUUGACAAGAAAAUGAACAGCAUCAAGCCAGACCUUAUUCAGCUGCGAAAGAUCAGGGAUCAGUACCUUGUAUGGCUCAAUCACAAAGGAGUACGUCAAAAACGAAUAAAUGACUGGCUAGGAAUCAAAAAUGAAAAUACAGACGACACAUAUUUCAUGACUGAAGAAGAUGAAAAUCUUUCUCACUAUGAUGAAAAGACCUGGUUUGUAGGAGCUAUUAAUCGAACACAAGCUGAAGAUUUACUUCAAGGAAAAUCAGAUGGUGCCUUCCUAAUCAGAGAAAGCAGUAAAAAAGGCUGUUACGCUUGUUCUGUGGUUGCCGAUGGAGAAGUGAAACACUGCGUGAUUUAUAGCACGCCGAGGGGUUAUGGAUUUGCCGAACCAUACAACUUGUACAGCACUCUUAAAGACCUGGUGUUGCAUUAUCAACAAACUUCACUGGUCCAGCACAAUGACUCUCUGAAUGUGAGACUGGCUUACCCUGUUUAUAGUCAGAUGCCCUCUCUGCGCAGAUGAAUGUUCAAGAGUUGGCUGUGAAAAAUUACAGAAUACUGAAGGCAUUGUACUUGGCUGCUUUUGCACAGUGAGUACAGAAUGUGAAUCAGGACAGUGGUGUACUCAAGAGUUCAGGUGACCUGGUGCUACCUAAACUCCAACUGUGACAUUCUGUUUUCUGCUUUUAUUUCAAUCAGAAACACAAAAAAACUGGAAAUGUAUCUAACUUUCUUUCUUUUUGGUUUUUGUUUUGGUGUCAUACGUGUGGGGCUGAAACCUUAGUCCAAACAAUCUGGUGCUGAUGGCUCUGGGCUAUUCAUCUUGAGAGUUUAAAAUUCUCCAACUUUCAGAUGUUCUCUUUUUCAUGGAACAGCCAAGAAGAACUCUGUUAGUCUUAACUUCAAAUCUCUGCAACAUCUAGUGCAGCUCUUACAAGAGACCCAGUGUAUGAAGAAGACUUCUAUACAUUUUAGUUUAGUCAACAUAUUCUUCUUGAACUAGACUCGACCAGAUUAACUGAUUUCUUUCACUCGUUGGAUGACGCUGAACUUGGUGUGAAAGAAGACCAAAGGCAUUCAAGAGAGCUUCUGACGAAAGUUAAAUCUCGUGAAAUUUGAAUUAAAAGUUGCACAAAGGGUCGCUUUUCAAUGUACUGGAGUACAAGUAAAAAAGAAAUACAAAUAAAGAACAUUUUAUGGCUUCUGUGACUAGAACUCUUCACAAAAAAUAUAUAACCAAAAUGAAAAGACCAGGGCAUCUUUUGAUGUUGGUUUUAGCACUUAAUAUUCAGUCAGAUGUCUGCAGCCGCACAUAUUUGCACCAAAAUGUUAGUGUUUUUAAAGAAUAAAAACACUAAUGCAUAAUGUUAUUAACAUAACCUUAAAACGUAGCAGUUUUUUCUUUGACUAGUCAUGCAUAACCAAGAAAGUAAGCUUCAAGUCGUGGCUGCAAGGAGGCAAGUACUUUAAAGGUGAAUAGAAAGACUAAAGAGAGAAAUGGGCAAGGCUUGAAACAAUACUUUUGUUUCAUAUCUCAAGAAUAGAAAUUUGCAAUGCUUCUGGAUGGCAAAGAAAGAUCCUGUUUAAAGGGGUUUUUUUAAAGGAGUGGUUGUGCAAGUACAAGAUUGGUGGAUAGUUACUAUUCCAAUAAAAAAAACACAAGCUGAAUUGGAUGCUUUUCAUAUUUAUGGAAUCAGAUUUGUGCAUUGUGGCUGGAAAUAUACACCAGUAAUUUUUGAGGAAUUGGUCUUUGUAGAUUGUGAACAGUUUAAUUUUAAAUGAAGCAGAAGACUACUUGUUCGCUGAGCAUGCUCCCUGAGAUGCCAUUUUGAAAAAAAUAUGGCUAGUCAGGAAACGGGGCCCCAUGAUGCACCGGGCAUUUUGUUUAGAUAUGUGCAAUUCAAAUAAAAAGCAUAUUACAAAUCUUUUUCCAAAAUAAUAAAAAAGAUGGCAGCUAAUUUUCUGCAAUAAUUGUCUUUCUUGAAACUAAUAUUUACUUUAAAUACUUUUUUAGGAACUGGAUCAGCAGUUUCGUUUACUUACCAGUAAUUUUUAGCCUUUUCCUAUCUCCUGCCAAACUUUGAGAACCAGCACCAGUUGGUUUUUCUUUACAACACUAAAUACUCUCUCCACUUUUUUCUUCUCCCUGUUGUAAUCCCCUGAGCCAUUGCUACAUUAUGCACCAAUGCUGAAAGAGUUUGGUUCCUUUUUGUUAUGUCUGAAAAGCAAUGGGCUCUCAAUGAAAAAUGUAAUUGUUGAAAUUUGCCCCAGCAUUUUGAGAGAGCCAUGGUUCUCUGCAUUUCUGAUUCUUUUCCCAGAUGAUUUACAAUAUACAAAACAUAUUAAAUGGUUAGGCUUUCUUUUUUUCUAGCCACCCAGAUGCAAUUGAUUUGCAUUUGUAGUGUUUUUUCUUGUCAUUGCAGACACCUGAUGCACUAUAUAUCAAUUUAUAUUAACAGUGAAGCUGAAUAGAAUGUGCAUCCAUAGGUCUUGAGGGCAAAUGGCACUAAAUGAAACAUUGCCAUUUUAUUUUGCAAGAGUCCUUGUUUAACUGCAGGUAUUAGCAGAAAUGGAGCGUUUUAACUCUUCACUGUGCACAAGCUGGUGCUUAUCCAGCAUUUAUCAAAGGUGCGUCUGUAACUUUAACUGUUGCCCACUUACUUAAAAAAUCGUUUUUGGUACUUGAGCAAUCAUAUUUCUGUUGAAUUUAUUUCGUACUGGUAGUGUAAGUUGGACCUUGGAAUAGAGUUGGAACAUAUUUCUUGGAUUCAUGGAAGGGGGUGGGGAUGGCAUUAGCGGUAAUGGAUGAUUGUUGAUAAGUACUUCUGAAAGAGGUUUAAAUGGCAGAUACACUUGGAAACUAAAGUGUAUCUGCCAAUAUUCAGAUUUUUUUUAAGUGGAAGCCUGUAUUUUACUCUUUUCGGAUAAAAUCUGUUUUAACACUAAAUCUGGGUAAUUUAGUCAAAUUAUUAAGUGUUGAAGAUCAAAAAGUCCUUUUGGGAAGUUGCAGGAAUGUUAAUUCAUCGUGUUGUUGUUAUGGAUGCCAUUGUACAAUUUUGUUUAUUCCUUGCCAUGCCCUGUGUCUUGGAAGUACAUAACAAUAGUUUUUUUCUUUGUGGCUAUAAGCAUUAAUAGGAAUAAUAUACAACCCACACUAGUUCUGCCAGUGAAAUGUUAUGCUUUGAGGUUGUGGAUUUGCCGCAGUUGGCAUUUCAUGGCUGCAGAGCUAAAUCCUCACUGUGGAACACCUCCACAGUAGAAUAGCAUUCCCACUGGAUGCGUGUGAGAAGGAAAUGAAAUUAAAACGGAGAACAAUCUUGCAUCUCAUCAACUAUGCUUGGUGUUUGUUGAUGCUGCCAUUAUUCUCCAGGCUGUCCAGCUCGUUCAGUGAACAAAGACAAUGAUUGAAAAUGACACCUGAAUGAAGAAAGCAGGAAAUUUUCCAAAAUGCAGGUGUUAAUGUGAGUCGGUUGUUUCGUUAGUGAUGGAAAUGAGGAGAAAUGUCUUGUACAUUUUACAAUGCCAUUUUACAAAUCAUGCCAACAAAAUAACAUGUAAACUGAUCUGAGCACAGAUGCAAUGUGUUCAGUUCAAUUAAGAUAAAUUCUGAAGUGCUGAAUGAAGAUUCAAAUUACAAUAUUUAAUCUGAUUUUUCAGAUGAAUGUUUCAAUUUAUCAAUGAAAUAAAGUUUCAUGUACUUGUGUAGCAACCAGCAAUUAAAACUAAAUUUGAAACAAUCGUGGUAUAAGGGCUAAAAUAUGUAAUAUUUCUUGAUCUACGUUUUUAAAGGAUUGUAAUUUCUCAUUGCCACUUUCUCAUCUGUCCUUUCCAUUUGCACAGACCAAUCUUUCUGUGCCUGUUUUUGAAGGAAGGACAGACCAACCUCUUUUGGACUUUAUUGCUUGUGAAGAAGGGGUGAGGGAAGGAAUGCGAGUUAGGAUGUUUUUACCCUGGCAGGUUGCAUUCUGGUGCUCCCUUUGAACAAACUAAAAUAUUUUCAAGGAUUCUUGAAAUUAAUAAUCAAAGCAUAUAAUGAAACCAUUUAAACUGGAAUACUUAGAAUUGUUUGUUACUAGGAUUGCAGUUCUAACUUGAUGAAAUUUCACCUUUCUAGUCAUCGCUGAGUGUUUUGUGGAGGCGGGGGAAUGUGGUUGGUGCAUGGAAGUGGAGCCAUACAAUUAUAAAAGCCACCUUUAUCAAAUCGACAUUUUACUUAAAGUGACCAAUAACCAUGAGUAAAGGAAGUUUAUUGCUGCAGAAAACAUGGUUUAUAAAAUGUUUUCAAUUUUACAGCAAAAUAUUUUUUUAAACAAAUAACUUGUAUGCUAUUUGAAAUAGCAUCUUGUUUUUCCAGAAUUGAAAGGGGGGGAAAUAUGAUCAACUUGUGCUAUUGUAUUGCUUUGUAUUUUGAGUUGCAGGCACUUAAACCAUUUACAUUUAUCUACUAAUUUAGCUUCUCUCUUUGUUUAUUUUUAAAUUGAAUUUCAUAGGGUCACCACUUUUGAGCGUGGACUAAAUCUUCAAUUCAAAAAGAGGGAAUAAUACAAUUAGGAGCACUAGGUUACAUAGGAAUAUUUCACCCUUUCAAUUCUACGAACUUGACUGGUCAAAUGAACACUGCCCCUUUGCUCUGUGCUAAGGCCCAACAUCAAAUAAUUUUAGCGGCUAUAGUUUAGUUCCUAAUAGACAGAUGUCUGCAAUUCCUCAUUAAUUUGUACCAGACUAAACAAUAACUACCUGGACCACAAAGGUGGUGAUGGUAUUGGAAAUAAGGUAAAAUUUCAGACUGGUAAUAAAGAAGGUUGUUAGUAAGGAGAUGCUGAUGAGAGCAUAGCCAAUGAAGCUUUACUAUAUAAUCUGGUAGUUUGUGCUUGACUUGACUUGAUUCUGAUAACAAAGGAAAGUGGCCUUCAUUCUUGUCGCAAUAGGUUAUUUUAUAACAAAAAAAAUGUGCAAGAAACCUUCUCAAUGUUAUAUGCAACUAUUAUUCCCACCUUCUCCCCCCCCCCCCCCCCAGGUUUGCUUGAGUGUAGCAUACAAAUCGGGCAUUUGUGAAUCGAAUUUAAAUAUGUGCAUAACCUACCAAAAUGAAGCCCUGCAAGCACAGCAGAUAAACCUUAACUAGGAAUUGAGUAGAGUAUUAGUACUGUACACAAAAUAAUAUAAAAACAGCUAAAACUUCUGUUUAAUUGGGAACAAUGUCUUCACCUUUGGUACAAUAACUGCAUCAAACCAUCGCAAAAUGUUAGUAAAACAAAAGACCCUAUGGUACCAUUCCAUAGAUGGUAUUCUGAAUUCCCAGCUUCGGGAUUUAAAAACAAUUCAUGGCAGUUUUUUCACAUUGGCAAUUUACCACUGAAUUUAACACUAGUAUUGAGCUCAGUAUUGAUGUCCAUUGGAUUGGACCUAUCCAAAUUUAAUUAAUUUGCACUUUGAGCUGUUAACCCUAAUUACAGAUUUAUUUGGGAAGGGAGAGUAAGUAAAUUUGCAUACUUUCCCACAUUACCAUCUCCUGGUACCUAGUCUUUUGUAGCAUUGUGUUUCCUACACUUGUGAAGAAAGCACAUUAUUUAUAAUCAGUUGACAACACAGAAUUCCCAGCCCUGGUAGAAGCUCCUAAUGGCGGAGCAAUGCUGUGGUUCCAAUGGCAUAGUCACCAAUUGCUAAGUUAGUAUUCCAUGAUAACUUUUUAUGCCUUUUUAGUCAGUAUUGUAUUUGCACAUUUUUAUUUCAAGAAAAACUAGGUUCAGCAAAAUAUGCUUUCAAGUUUUUUUUUUGUGAACACUUUAGUUCUACCUGAUAAUACUUGCUUCAUUUGAAUGAUUAUAUUCUUUGAUCAUUUUAAUUGUUAUAAAUUGGAUUGUUUUGGUUCUCUGCAGGACAGAAGGCUUACAUGAUAUGUUCCGGGCAGUGGAGUCAAAAACUGACAUUUUUGUUGUUUUCAUUUUUGCGCUCAUUUUCAUUCUGUCAUUUCUCUUGCUCUCGUACUUUUUUUCUGUCUUUCUCUUUCUUUGUUUUCUUUCUCUUUUCUACUGUUUUUCUGUUUCUUUCUCCCUCUAUUUUUAUUUUGUUUAUUCUGUUUUCGCUCUCUUGCACACUCACAAAUUUCAUGCACUUUUCAAAGACAAACCCAGCAUGUAACUUAAGUAUGUUGACUGUUGUAUCUGUGUAAUUCAACUUUGUUCUGUCUGUAAAUGGUGUAGUUUAAUAUGAACUUAUGUAGCUUACAAGAAAAGGUCACAUCGUACAUUACAACUAAUAGAGUAACAUUUGCUCCCAUUCCUGGUAUGUUAUAUUUUACAGAUAACUGUAUACUGCACUAGGUUGUAUCAAUUGUGCAAAUCUGUUCCUCGUCUGCAGCUGAGUCUUUUGUGACACCAAUAACAGGUCGCAGCAUGUAUGGGAUUUUCUGCAUUAUACGCAUUGACUCUGUUUCACUCUCCACACAGUAACUGCUACUGUCUUCACAACUGGUGAUAUUUUCUCUUUUGUCAAGUUGCCAUAACUUCAUAUUAUUCAUCUAUCUUGCAGAAUAAAAAUGUAUUUUGUUGAGAAUCAGUGUGAAGGGUUUAACUUUUUAACAAAAAUAAAACCU